AAAAGAGACUCAUUCCAUCUUGUUGUACUCUUAUGCUUACAAGGUAAAACUACUAGUUACGGCUUCAGUGGAGGUAUGACACGAUCCGGUCGCCCAUGUUGGACCUGGUGUCGAAUUUACCAGCAGUAGGAUCUACUUGGAUUCUUUCACGAUUUUUGUCAGAACCUACCAUAUUCAGUGAUGUUGCAUAUGUCUUACCUCAGACAGCUGAUAACUGGAUUCAAUAAAUCCUCAACAUAUAAAUCUUGGAGAAGAAGCUUGGAGGAGCGUGCUACCUCGUUAUAUAUCCCAGUAACUGUCUUCAUAUUCUGCAGCCUGCCAAGCGAUCAAAGGCUUGGUUUUGGAUUUUCUUCACUGGCAGUAAUAUCAUCUCAAGUGCUUCAAGCGUUCGAUGUCGCAGUCAUCAUAAAUGAUGGUGCAUUAAAGAAAGAAGAAUUUAGAGGAUUGCUGAUGGAAAUUUCACCUGCAAUAGUCAAAAAGAAAGAUGUAAAGGAAUGGCUAUUAUUAAAAUUUAUGAUGCAAAACUUGGAAGAGAGCUUAGAGAAGGAUGGGCAAGUGGACGUUAUCCAAUUUUCUUUGGAUCACAAAAUGGCAGCAGUAGCCAAAGAACUGAGUAUCUCUAUUUCAACAGCAAGAAAUCUCAUCAAAAAGAGGUUUAUUAGCUUACAUCAGUAGAUAGAAGCCUUUAGAUCAGUUAAUUGGUGAAAGAAGGCUCACAAUGUGAUACAUUUAUUCUGACCACGC